UUCACUUCUACCAGGCAGUCGCUACCACUCCUGCUUUGCUGUGUACGCGACGGGAAGAUCCUAUAGUUUACCGGACUUCUUCUUCUUGAUCCAUGCGCUGAAGAUCAUUGAGACCGAUGGGUUAACCUACACACGAUCAACGACUCUCAUUGAAUCCAAGCGGAUCGAAUUGAUCGUGGUUGGAUUGAGCAAGCUUCAUGAUGACCUUACUUUGCUUCGUAACUUCAGCUUUCGAGCUGUGCUAUGGCUUAUACGGUCUGUCGAUGAUCUCCUUGGUCACGAUAUUAACCGGAGAAAUGUUUCGACGGGCGAAGCCGCAUGAGAGAGAGGAACUAGCCGAUGCAAGAAAUAACCUCUGGUCACUGAACAAGCAACCAUUCGGGCUUAAGCACCAGUUCUGUACUUUGAACCACGGCCUCCGACUGCACUACGUCAUCCGAGAACCCACCAACAAGCCCCGCCAUUCGAACAUCGUGAUCUUCAUCCACGGAUUCCCCGACUCCUGGGCCGUUUGGAAGCAUCAGCUCACUUCGGAGAUGCUGUACGAUGCGACUCUGAUCGCUGUCGAUGUCCCGGGAUCUGGUGGAAGCGAUGGUUUGGAUCGGUACAAUGCCACCAGCGUCUUGGAGGCUGUGUCGCAGUUUAUCGUCAAGAUGCGGGACAUCUAUUUGAGAAACACGUCCGGAGACAACAGAGACGGCCAGGUGAUUGUUGUGGCUCAUGAUUGGGGCGCAAUUAUUGCGUUCCGUCUUGCGUCGGAGGCACCGCAGCUGGCAGACCGCUUCAUCAUGACCAACAGCAUUCACCCCAGCCUCACCCUCUCCAACGUCAUCUCCCGUGUCGCCUCCGCCAAACUCAUGCUCAAAACCUGGACCCGCUCCCCCCGCUCCAUUUCCCUCCUCCGCAAAGCCUUCGCCAACCUCCUCCCCAUCCUCUCCCAGAUCCUCAAAUCCUGGUACAUCUUCGUGUUCCGUCUCCCCAUGCCCCUCGCUGCCUCUGUCGGCUGCAUCGGCGACUUCUCGUUCUUCCGCUUCCUGAGCGCCACCGCGCACUCACAAAAGUCGCCGCGGAUUCCCGGGCCGAAGGGCGCGGAGGCGCUGGCGGAGACGGUUGGACCGGGCGAGGCGGAGUGUGUGGUGGUGGAGGGAGGGCAUCCGACGCACACGUAUGGACCGGAUGUGAAAGCGCGAGCUCGCACGGGCGGAUGGGCGACGAGGAUCCGGUUGUAUCGUGAGGGGUUGUUUUCUGGUCCGUGGGAGAAGUCGCUGGAGACGAUGUGGAAGCUGGAGCAACUGGAGGAAGCGCGGACGCGAUCGUCGUCAGCGGGGGGGAGUUGUGGGGGUUUGUUCAAUACAGGGCCGGUGGGCGCGCUUAUGCAGUCGUCGACGGUAGUGUGGGGGAUGGAGGAUCCGGCGUUGGAUUCGCGGCUGAACUUGGAGGGUAUGGGGGAUUAUAUGUCGGCCAAGGGGAGUCAGGUGGUGCAGGUGAAGGGGGUGGGGCACUGGACGCCGAUAGAGGAGGGGUGCAGAGAGGUGUUGGUGGAGGUGGUUGCGUGGGCGGUGGGCGGAGAGAAGAGGGGGAAGUUGAGUGAGGUUUUGUCUAGCAAAAGCAGGAUGGAUCAUGUCAAGGUCGCCAUUGAGAAAUGAUGGAACUUUUAAGGGAUCUGGCACAGAUGAUUGAACAGCGACACUCGUUGUGUGGUGUUCAUAUGGGUUCUUGCCUCCCUGGACGCGAAUAGGUUAUGAGACUACGUCUGUACGAUAUCAUCGAUGACAUUGCUAGCUUCAGGGACGGGUAUUUUCGGCGUAACGAUUUCCUA